GUCUUUCUUAAAAAGCUGCGCAAUUUUCCUAAAAAGGCAUUUUUUCAAUUUCGGACUGCAUUUCAUGUUAAUACGCCUGAUUGAGUAAUCAUUGAAAAGUGUAGUGCUCAAAUAGUUGCUUACAUAAAAAAAAAAAAUCAUAAAAUAUAUACAUAAUAUAGUUUGCAUUAUUUAAGAGAAAUGUUUUCACUUAUUCGUAAUAUCACACCUCGGCGCAUUCAAUUUGCGACUAUAGCUCUUCGUCUCGCCAAUGUUCACCAUAUACCUGUCGUAAAACCAUCAGCAUCAAUUGCUGGCGCAUCUGCAUUCAUAAAUCAAAGAAAUUUCACGGAUAAACCACAAAACCAGGCAGCCGAAAACAUUUUAAAAGAUACAAAAAUGGAAAAUAAAGCAGAAAAAGUAAAUGUGAAUAAGGAGGAGCUGAAGAAGCGUCUGACACCACUACAGUAUCAAGUGACACAGGAGGCUGCUACAGAGCGACCAUUUACAGGUUGCUAUAAUAAGCACUAUGAAAAAGGCAUAUACCGUUGCAUUGUCUGCCAGCAGGAUCUCUUCAGUUCCGACACCAAAUACGAUUCAGGUUGUGGCUGGCCCGCAUUCAAUGAUGUGCUUGAUAAGGGCAAAAUAACACUACAUCGCGAUGCGAGUAUACCAGUAGUAAUUUCGAAAAUGUUAGGCAUGGUGCGAACAGAGGUGCGCUGCUCCAAAUGCACUGCGCACAUGGGACAUGUUUUCGAUGAUGGCCCGCCACCGAAGCAUCUGCGCUACUGCAUCAAUUCGGCGUCCAUAGAUUUUGUACCGAUAAAGAACAACAACAGCAACAAUGCGUCGGGUUCCUCCGCCACAUCAGCUUCCUUCUCAAAAGGAAAUGCGAAAAAAUAAUUAUCAACAAUUUACUCGCAACAAAUUCAAAUUUAAAGUUUCUUCUUUAUACUAAAUAUUUGAUAUUACACAUACAUACAUACAUACAUACAUAUGUACGUACGUACGAGUAGUAUAUAAAUGAUUUGUAAUUUACAAUAUAUACUUACCUAUAUAUACAUACAUAGUAUGUACAUACAUUUAUUAGUAAAAAGUGCAGUGCGAUUGUAUUUUUGAUAACGGCGAAGUAAGUUAGUAUGAUGGAUUAGCUAAUCAAUGUGAAAUAAAAGUUUGUAUACAUAAUUUGUUUUUAUUAAAUAACAAUUCAAUUAAAAUUUAUGUAAGACAAGAAAGGAAUUUGUAUUUUAUAUACAUAUUUUUUUAUUCACUUUCGAACGGUUAAAUCACUUGCGUUACGAAAAUGGACGAUGUCGCGCUUUGCUGCAGCUGUAUUCAAUGUGUAAGAAUAAAAGUAUAUACAUUAGACUGUCCCAAAAAACCAGAGUUGUUUUUGUUUUAUGGCAUACCCCCUCUGGGUCGUUCCGGUUACGUAGACUUCAUUUGAUUGGUUUUGUCGUAAAAACUGUAAGAAUAAAAUUUUAUGCAAUUCGGACCACGGCAACCCUGCCGACUUGCAGUCAAAGUUAUCAGAAUAAUCUUUGUGCAGUUCGCGAGUUUUGUCAAAAUUCUUAUUUUACUUCUGUAUAAGGCGAUUUUACUAUACUCCCUACAGUAUUCGGUAAAUCUGCGUUUUUUAGAUUUUUACCAGGUAGUCUCAGGAUUUUUUCCAAAGGACCGUAAGUAAUAAUAUAUUUCCAAAA